AUGGGAAAAUUGUUAAUGCAAUGCAAGCUCAUUGUUUGGGAUGAGUGCACAAUGGCACAUAAGAAAUCACUUGAAGCACUUAACUUCACACUGAAGGAUCUUCGGAGAAAUAACAACAUCUUUGGCGGCUUGAUGAUAUUGUUGGCAGGCGAUUUCAGGCAGACGUUGCCAGUAGUUCCCCGUGGAACGCCUGCAGAUGAAUUGAAUGCUUGCCUAAAGGCAUCACCUUUAUGGAAUAACGUAAAAACAUUAUCGCUAACCACUAAUAUGAGAGUUCAACUUCAAAAUGAUCAAAGUGCUGCACAAUUUUCCAAACAAUUGUUAGAUCUUGGAAAUGGAAAAGUCCCAGUUGAUGCGACAUCUGGAUUAAUUACUCUUACCAACGACUUUUGCCGAUUUGUAGACACUCAAUUAGUUCUUAUUGAAAAUGUUUUCCCAAACAUUAGUGAGAAUUAUAAGAAUUAUGCUUGGUUAAGUGAACGAGCAAUUCUUGCAGCAAAGAAUAAUGAUGUCCACCCACUGAAUUUCACCAUUCAAUCAAAAAUUGCUGGCGAUUUGGUGACAUACAAAUCCGUUGAUUCAAUAACAAAUCCCGAUGAUGUAGUAAAUUAUCCAACGGAGUUUUUGAACUCUCUGGAGAUACCAGGAUUUCCACCACAUAACUUGCAACUGAAAGUUGGUACAGUUAUUUUGAUACUGCGUAAUUUGAAUCCACCGCGACUUUGCAACGGUACUCGACUUUCGGUAAAGAGACUUAUGCCGAAUUUAAUUGAGGCAACCAUUAUUAACGGAAAGUACGCAGGUGAAAAUGUAUGUAUUCCUCGAAUACCAAUGAUUCCGACUGAUUUUCCGUUUGACUUCAAACGAUUGCAAUUCCCAGUUCGCCUUGCGUUCGCAAUGACAAUAAGUCGCAAGGCCAAUCGCUUAGUGUUUGCGGGAUAA